CAUGUCUCUUCUACGAGGCUCACAGUCCCAUUCGAAACUCUGAAACGCGUCUAAGCGUGGCGUUCGCUUCCUCGGGCAAGUUCCGUCGUAAGCUCGUAUAUAAUAUAUCUCCUUCUCUUUUAAGAUUCUCGAUGGAACCAAAAUCUCUGGAUGAAAUGCGGAAAUAUUUGAACGAUAAGACCGUAGUUUGAAUCGCUCGAAACUCCGUCGAGUGUCGAGCGUUCGAUAUAAAUAUUAUCGUGAAACUUUUGAUCAUCGAAAUAUCGCCGGUUAACGAAUAAUUUGAUCGAAAGAGAUCUAUUUCUCGCCCUAUUAUCGAUCUUUUUUUCUCACAUAAGAAAGGUGGUCGGCCACAGUCCAACUUUAGUCGCAGCCCGGGAAAACUGCUAUUAUAACAGGCAACACUGCGAAGAAUCGAAACUAGCCAGAAGACUAGAUCGAGGUUGUGCUCGGGGGUCGGGGUCGAGGUCGAGACCCAGAUCAAGAUCAAGAUCAAGAUCGAAAUCGAGGUCGUGGUUGGAUGGUCGAGGAAGAUACUCGGAGCUUCGUUCGAGAAAAGUCACGUUGAAGAAAAUCUAUCCCCCCCGAUCUAUCCUCCAAUCUUUCAACCCAAAGAAGAACGACAUGAAUCCCACUAUUCGAGCGGCCAUAUGGUUAGUUCCGUUGGCGGUUGGAUGCAUGGCUCUGCCGCCGCAAUUGCAGGCCGAUCUGAUGAGUGGCGGCAAGAUGAAAUACCGGCGCGCGAAGGCGCCAUCGUAUUUCAACGAAGAGGAGUCGAGCAGUUCGGUGAUUGCGUCGAGCAGCGACGAGAACAGCAUCGGCCCAACCACCAUCACCAACGUUGCGAAAAUCAGCAACGGCACCAAGAACGUCGAUGCCAUUAUAUCUAACCCGCUUCCUCCUCGCGGAGUCGUUUCCGCCGCGAUUCAGGCAGGCGACUCGAUCACGACGCUCUCCUCCUCCUCCUCCUCCUCCUCCUCCGUGGCAUCGUCGUCGACUGCGACCUCGACGCCAGCGGUGUCGUCGUCCGUCGAGCUCGCGUCACCGACGGGAGGCUUGCCAUCGUCGACCUUGUCGAUCGCGGAAGCGAAAACGGAAUUGGGAGGCUCCUUGCCGUCGGCGAGCAACCGCGGCACGACAACCACGAGGACGACGAUGAAGAUGUCGACAACGGCGAUAAAUACAAGCGGUUCCAAUUUGACCACGUUUCCUACCGAGGCCUCCUCGAGAACGAUCGCCUCGAAUCGGGACGCGAGCACCUUUUUACCUUCCUCGAAGAAGUCGACGACCAGCUUCAACGAAAUUACCACUACUCCCGCCUCGACCUCGUCGAAAGAGAUGCGGGAAUCCACGGGCAAGAUCCGCCCCCAGAUCAAAUUGACGAUGAAUUACACGAAUCUUGGCGAGACUGGGGUACGAUUACCGGAGGGUGCGAGCGCAGCUCUUGCAAAACCAACCAAGUAUCACUACUAUCCACACAAUCAGCAUAUCUACUUGUUACCAGAGUGCGCGGUACAGCAGGUUUGCAAUGCCGUUUACGUUAGGCUGAACUUUACUCAGCCUCUGUGCGCUUGUCCAGGAAGAUACCGCGACCCUUGCAGCGCCUCACUCGACAGCGACGAUCUCCACACUACCGAGCUGGUCACCGACCCACGAACCAAGGCUCUAACAUUGGUGAAAACAUGUGAACCGGUGGCGGAAAUGCGCGAAUGCAGAAUACCAAGAGACUGGUCUCUCCUCGCGCUACAAAAUGUACGAACAGGGAAAUCUCAUUAUCUCGUGAUAUGUCGUUGUCCCGACGCUAAUAUAUUGGAAGGUCCUAUGAGCCACGAUCAGCCAACAUACGCGAGUGUACCAGGAAUUCGUGUUUAUGGGAUGAUGUGCGUGCAAGGAAACCGAAAAGGACGACCAUUAAGAUAUAAGCGCGGUGUUUCAGAUCAUUUCCAUCGAGAAAUUGACGAGGAGUCUGCUGCAUACGACAGAGAAGAGACGAGCGAACGAUUGAAAUUUCCAUGGUACAAAGUACGGCAACUAAUGGAUUCAAUUAUUUGGGAUUAGAUUUAUUAGCUGAACUUUCGAAACAAAAAAGAAAAAAAAAAAAGAUACGAUAAAUAAUUACAUUAUGCUUAGCGUCAUUUCAUAUUUUUAUUUAUUAAGCAUCUCUCCCUGCUUCGCUUCGCUUCGUUUAUUUAUCGAUCCAUCUAUUUUUAAAUGUUUAUUUAUAUAUCGUUUUAUAUAUAUGUUAUAUUGUAUCAAUUGUACGUCAAUACACCCGUAACAUCCAUUCCGACAUAUUGAAGUAAUGCGACAAGAGUGUCAAAAGCCAUUUCUUUGAUAGACUUCUAUUUUGUAAUUCGGAUUACACGACGUGAUCGUAUAUAACGAUCGAAUGUGCAACGAACGUUGAAUGUAUAAUUGCUAUUACCAUGUUAUUAUGCCCUGGUUCAUUUGAACAGUGAACUACGUUCCUUUGAGGUGAUGAAUCGGUAUAGAAACUUCUUGGCACCGUUCCAAAUGUGCCCACUUUAUCAACCGAAGAUAAAUAUGAAAAAUCGUAAUACUUUUUUUUCGCGACCAAACACAUCUCAUUAUUUAUUCUAACAUUUUAUUAAAUGUCGAUAACAUUUUAAAUAUCGGAUAACACGUUAUUCUAUGAUUCUUAUUUAUGAUUUUUUUUUUUUAAGAAAGAAUAAAAAAAAGAUCAAAGAUAUCUUCACAUUA